GUUUUUGCUUGCGUCUCAGCUAUUGCAAGUAGUUUAUAGUCACUUAGUAGCUUAGUUCAAGUCAAUUACUGUGGUUUAGUUAGUAUGACAGAUAUUCCCGAAAGCCCAAUGCUGGCAACAGUUGGACCGGACACAGCGGACCCAAGAAAGGUCUUCGUUGGGGGUCUUAGCUGGCAAACCAGCUCAGAAGGCUUGAAGGAAUAUUUUAGUCGGUUUGGGGAAGUAUCUGACGCCAUGGUUAUGAGAGACCCUAUUACUAAACGUUCCAGGCGUGUUGUGUACUCCCCAUAUAACAGGGGCUUUGGAUUUGUAUCUUAUGCUGAACCGAAAGACGUCGAUAAGAUGUUGGAACAAGGACAGCAUGUUCUAGAUCAAAAGCCCAUUGACCCGAAAAUUGCUGUGCCACGGAAAGACCAGACUCGGAUGGUGACAAGGACGAAAAAAAUAUUUGUUGGUGGAUUGUCCGCCAACACAGUGGUUGAUGAUCUCAAAAACUACUUCGGAACAUACGGCAAGGUUGAAGAUGCAAUGCUAAUGUUCGACAAACAGACGAACCGCCACAGAGGGUUUGGCUUCGUAACUUUUGACAACGAAGAGCCGGUCGAAAAGGUUUGCGAAAUUCACUUCCACGAAAUCAACAACAAAAUGGUCGAGUGCAAAAAAGCACAACCUAAAGAAGUAAUGUUGCCAACUUUGGCGAGAGGAACAGCAAGGAGGACUUACGUUGACCCAUCAUCGGCGUAUGUGUUAGCGGCAGGCAUUCCAGGUUUGGCAUACGGACGACCAGCAGCGGCAGCAGCCACAGCGUAUGCUUACCCAUCUGCAUAUGCGGCUUAUCCAGGAGCUCUGAGUUUCGUGGACCCAGCGGCGACCGCUACGGGCACUGGGGCUUUUUACCACCCCAGUUUUGCCCUAGCCCCAUCCCCUGCUCCUGCCCAAGCGCUCUAUACCCCCGAUGCUACAACAGCGAUGGCAGGGCUUGCCAGAGUCGGUGUGGCGCCAGUUCCGGGGCGUCUGGAGGCCCUGGCCACCCCUACAGCAGGCAACUUAACACAGCCGGCCUCAGUAGCUGAUAUAAAACGAGACUUUGUUGCAUCAGUACUAAGUAGCUACGCCCAUGGAGCUGCAGCUCCUGCCUUUGCCAGCUACCAUCCUUCGCCCUCUCCUGGUGCUAGGGCGUUCGCUAACGGAACAACAGCAGGCGAAAUAUUAACCUCCGCUGACCCAGCGCUAGCUCAACACUACAUCGGGCAGAACGCAUCUCCUCAGCCGGGUUUGACCGCCACGAUUCCCGGGGGACUGGCCGGUCAUUUCGCCUCGCAAGGACCACUGAUAGCUGGCCUCACGUACCCUUAAUCACGUGUUCGUCUGAAAGCUGAUUGGAUGUGGGUCUGUUACGUCAUAGUUCGGUGGUUUUCAAAGCACAAAUUGGUUGCUUUUAUAUCCUGAUUGUAAAUAUUGUUUUUCUUAUACCUAAGACGUAUAACACGCCUGUAUUCAUGUGUUUGCCACCAGCGCUCGGUUCACAAGGACCCGUUUAAAGCGCGCGGCAGCUUCACGGUGCCAUGUUCGAACCAGUGUGAAAAUUAUUGCAUCGCUCGUUCAAGUUUUGAGUUUUCUGCGUUUUUUCCGUUUUUUUCUAUCUUUUUUUUCAGCGAAAUUUCCCGAAGUUGCACGCGUAUCUCUCUCAACUCUAUCCUCCAAUCGCAGCCGCUGGUUUGGCUCGCCACUGUGACGUCACAAAUGCAAUAAUAAACGAAUAGAAACUUCACAAACGUAGAAAUAGCUGGUAGAAAUAACAGUGUACACAUGUGACGUCAGUAGAUAGGAACAAAUCCUUUGCGAUAAUCUUUUGCGCCACCCAGCGUACGAAUAACGUAGUAUAUGAUUUCUAUGGUAAACAGGGGUGGGUGGCGGGUGAAUUUGUAAUAAUUACACACGACUUUUUUUUUCUUAUCCUUCCUCGAGCCUGACGUUCAAAUGCAUACGUGGCGAUGCUAAUUCUCCUGCGUAGGUGUGACGUAGUCCUAGCGGUGACGUCAUGAUGACGUAGAACGAACCCUGGCAUCUUACCGUUAAUAGUGUGGAAUAGUUCACUGCCUGAUAAGAAUCAAAACAAAAUUUUAUUUUCCUUCGACCGCAGGUGCCUUUAUUAUCGUCAUUGUGAUGAUCGGAAACCGAAAUAGUCCGAUCCUUUCCGAAAUAUAUGACGUCGCGUCCGGCUUGUGUAACCCCCGCGUACUAACCAGUAGCGAACGUAGACGCCUAACAUUUUUGCUUCUCUAUUGGAUUUUACCGAAUCCAAAUAGUCGGAUCGUAUUUUUGCACGGCUCUGUACAUUGUAUGCUCGUACUUUAAAAGCAAAACCAAACCUUUGGCAUUGUAAUAGUGGUGUGGCUAAUCAAAGCAUCACUGUGUUAACCAUUUCUUCACAUACAGCCUAUUAUCGAUACUUUUGUUCGGUGUAACCCGCACAAAACACUCGUAUUCUCACAACCACGGUCUAUAUGCUCUACCCAACGUACUAUACGUACCCCUUGUACAUACAACCGUUUAUAUAUAACUCGUUUUCUGAUUUUACCUUUUCUCCGCUUACCUGGUCAAAUUAAACAAUCCUUACUCGCUAUUAGAUACCCGUCUCGUGACGUCACGUUCGCGUGACGUUAUGCUGACGUGACGUCACACGGGUCGUUUGUUAGAUUUCUCUAGAACGGUAGAGUAGCACUCAGACAGUGCAAUUGGUUUGUUAUUUUGGGCGGUGUGUAUCCGACGACGUUUUUUUUUCUUUUUCUCGCAUUCGGUUGUUCCCUGUUGUAUAUAUGAGUUUUUCAAGUUCUGUUGGUUUAAAAAUAAACCAAAUACCCGGUA